UCGAUUUCAUAAUAAAGUUAAAGUGUGUGUUACCUUUGUUCUAACCAGGGGCUUUGGCUCAUGCGCACUGGUUCCUGCACUUUUUAACCGUGAAUGGUUGUAAAUCAUUCAGCCGGUGGUUAGAGCAAGGGGACAGUUCCUAUGGUUCAAAUACUACGAAAUAAUACCACGGGAAACUGUAAACUCUUUAAUGUUAAAGGGAAAUCAACAUUGAACAUAAAUAAACAAUACUCUGCGAGAGAAUUAUACUCUACAAUAGUUUGUUAUUGUUAAACAAAGGGUUGAGAAAUACAUGGUGUGAGCUGCGAGAAUAACUACACUACUUACGAACAUGAGAGAGAGUGUUAGCAACAAAUUCGUUGUGGCUAGGCGUCAGAAUCUUGCACAUACUCUUCUAUUUACACUAGAGUGGGGCACUGCACUUUCAUACACUUUACUGUUUUUUGACAACAGAGAUACUAAAUAUAAUAAAUUGUUUGUAGGCACAGAGCCCUUGAAAGAGUUGGCAUCAUAGCUUACGCGAGCCAAUAGUGCCUAAAACGAUCGGCGCUACACUAGGUACAUACUUAAACGGUGUCUAAUUUGCUACUGGUGACUUACUAAAAAGAACUACCGGUGGUUCGAGGGGGCGAAGGGGAAAACUACAAGAAAUGUGUUGUUUUGGCAUAGCAACAGCAACAGCUGAGCUCAAGUUUUUGGGAAUCAGUGGCUCGGGCCACAACUAUUUAUCUGUGUUCCAUCAGCGGCGUGGGGAGUUAUUUUUUCUCGCUGUGCACAGUUUAAAUGCAAUUUGAACAUUCUGCCACCACCGGAAAAGCGGCCAUCCAUAUACAAGGCGGAGAAGACUACACUACGCGACAAACGACAACACGAUACCUAACAAUUUUACAUAUCGACGGCGAAAGUGCAGUACCUCGUAUGUGAUAUUUUUUCGGUUUUAGGUUUUAUACAUGAAUAUUUAGGAUUUUGCUCGCGCCAUCUAUUAAAAACGUUUAAAAAAUUCCACAUAACUUCGUUACAGGUUUCUAGAGGCAAAUUCAUUACCUCGGAUAAUUGUUGUUGUCUUUUUGAAUGCAGUACCUUGUAUCCGUCAGUCGCCAUUGUUUUCUGCCAUAAGAAGUCCUUCUUUGGCUUUGCCAUUACCUUUUUUACGUUAAUGAGGUAAGUAAAUAUUUAAUAAUUAUUAAUGCUGUUAUACAUUUAUCCUAAUAUUGUAUUUCAUCGAAAAAAUAGUUUGAUUUUUUUAAAAGUCGUUGCGAUUUUACUAAAAUAAGGUUUGUAAGUCCAAAUAAUUAUACGAGGUCCUGCAAUAUUGUGUCUACAAUAUUUAUUGUUACCAUACGAAGUAAUGCAUUACUUUGUAGGUACUUUGUACAAGCUUUUUACAUCCAAGUUAAUUUGUUAAACACAUAACAGUACUUGCACACUGGAGACUAAGUUUGUUGAGACUGUGAUAUACAAGAAAAACAGAAAAAAUAAUUCUGUAAAUUUAACGCUUAUCCAACAAAGACAAUAAUAAUUACUAUACUCGAUAGAACUCAUUUCUCUCGCAUGGCACGCUCAUGCUUAUAAACUAUUCAUCGAUAUAUUUGUAGAAAUGUAUCUCUUUUUUAGGAGUCAUAGUGGCAAUGUUAUCACGAACGAAAAAAAUUCUAGAGAGUGCCAAAGAAAUUACUGAAGCUAAAGGCGCUUCUAGUCAAAGCGAUACCUUAGAUUAUUAUACAACAGUAGAUUUAGAAAACGCUGUAAUUGUUUUUCAAGACGACUUAAAUCCUGCUUUAAAUGAAACAGUUGUUGAUGCCCUUAACGAAGUUUUAAGCCAGCCUGAAAACGACGUAGGUCCAGUUUUUAAUGACUUAGCAGAUUUAGAAGACAACCAAAAUGAAAUUCCAAACGUGUCGAACCUAUUUGAGGAUUUGGAUCAAUUAUUUCCAACUAAUGUAGCCACAAAUUCAACUUCUACUAAUGUUGACUUAAGACCGCAAUACUACAAAACUAUUAUUUACACUGUAGAGGAAGAAGUAUACGUACCAGAUAAGAACUACCAGAAAGCCAUUAGUGACGAUAGUGAAGUGGAGGAGGAUACGCAGUCAAAUAAAGAAAAUGAUGAAGAAUACAUACCAGACUCAAACCCAGAGAGUGAAGAAGAAAGCGAUAAUGAAGAUAUUCAACCGAACAAUACAAAUAUGGAACUUGAUAUAACCGAAGCCGACAACAAUAUUGAAGAAAACUUACAAAAACGGAAGCGAAAGAAAACCAAUCAACGACAGCUCAAUAAAAAAUUAAGGAUGGAAGGACAAGAUUAUUUAGGAUUCAGAAAAUAA